AUGCCGCCUAUGUUCUCCAAGAUAGAACGUACGCUCAAUGAGAGUAUUUCUGUCACUGAAUUCUCAGCACAAUGGAAGACGCCUUCCGACAUUUUCUCUGUCCUCCUUAUUCUUGGAGGCGAUAUUGUUAGCCGCGCGCUUGCGCAGUUGGCAGGAUCGCGCCUUACUCCAGUCGCAUUCUCUUUUGGCUGGGUAGCGUUCGCUGUCACCACGGUUGUCGCAGUUGUGGGAGAGAAGAAGUUAAUGCCGCCCGCUGACUUCCCCUGCAAGGUGAUCAAUGGUGAAACCGGCUAUAUCCGGGAUAAUCGAAGCUGGAUUAUUGGUCGUCUUGUGCGGGAUUUCGAUAAUUGGAUGGACAAGCAACCGCGAGUGCACGCCCAACCAAACGUAACGCCAGAUUCGAAUCCAAAGCCCGUCCAAAAGUGUGUUCAGGAGAUUACCGACGCAAAGUGGAAGGUGCUUAAGGAAAUUGCGAAGGAAAAAAAAGCAGCCAGAGCCAGAGCGGCCGCGGCCCAAAGGGCUAUCAAGAGCUAUCCAGGAUACGAUGCCCCGUACAUAACAGGAAUCCUAACCACUAUUGUCCAGCUUGGAAUUUCAGCUAUUCCAUUCGGCCUCUCUGGUAAUUGGGGUAUCUUUUUGGUUACGGCUGCAGGUAUUGUUCUAUCUUUUUCUACGGGAGCCUUGUCUCAGUGGUCAAAGGAAAAGUGGGCUUGCCGAAGCAGUACGACGAAAACAUUUGUGUUGACGCCAGGAAAUGGGAGUCAACAUGCUAUUGUCAUUCAAAGUAAUGGUACGGGAUUCGAUCUUGAGGAUCUUGCCGCCAAUGACCCGGGAAUGGUUGCCUCCUACAAAACCAGAGUGACGAUCACCGCUCUAGGUGCGAUGUGGAUUAUUCUACUUAUUACUGCCGCAGGAAUCCAACAAGAUACCUGGUUCCUUCUUGCGGUGGGAGCGUUAGGAAUCCUCCAGAAUGUGUAUGCCGCUGGUGUAAGCCGCUUACCAAUGGCUUUUGGUGUGCACCUGGAGUUUGUGGAGGUAAUAGGUGAGUCAAAAGUCAUGGACGCUCUAUUCAGGGUUGAGCACCUCUACCCUUGUCUGGGUAAAAGCUUGCUACCCGUUUUCUUUCCAGGCGAAUUGGAUGAGCAGGAGCAAGUAAAGUGGAAAGGGUUUGAUGAUAUUGCGAAGCUAAAGAGAAAGUCAAAGAAACAGAAGAAAGAGAGAGCUGCAAGUCAUCAAAAGGUUUCUCAACCUAGGUCAGAGCCAAAGAAUAAAUGA